GGGGGCGGGGCAGGUGAGGUAAAUAGGGCUCCGUUUGUGACGGUUGCCCCCGCUAGCCCGGGGGUGUGGCGGGACCUCGGCGGAGCCGCGGGCGGGCUGGCUCAGCGCAAAUCGAGGGCUGGAGGGGCUGGGGCCUGGCCGCAGAGAGGAGUUGGCACUUCCAGAUUGGGGCUUGGGCCGCCCCUCCUCCGGGACCCUCCCCUCGGCACCGCGCGGGGCGCCUCGGGCGAUCGAGGCCGGCUCUCCUGGCGCGAAAAGGUGGACAAGUCCUAUUUUCAAGAGAAGAUGACUUUUAACAAUUUUGAAGGAUCUAAAACUUGUGUACCUGCAGACAUCAAUAACGAUGAAGAAUUUGUAGAAGAGUUUAAUAGAUUAAAAACUUUUGCUAAUUUUCCAAGUAGUAGUCCUGUUUCAGCAUCAACGCUAGCACGAGCUGGUUUUCUGUAUACUGGGGAAGGAGACACCGUGCGGUGCUUUAGUUGUCAUGCAGCAGUAGAUAGAUGGCAAUAUGGAGACUCAGCAAUUGGAAGACACAGGAAAGUAUCCCCAAACUGCAGAUUUAUCAAUGGCUUUUAUUUUGAAAACAAUGCUGCACAGCCUACAUUUUCUGGUGUCCAAAAUGGUCAGUACAAAGCUGAAAACUUUCUGGGAAACAGAAAUCAUUUUGUUUUAGAAAGGCCACCUGAGACUCAUGCACAGUAUCUUUUGAGAACUGGACAGGUUGUAGAUUUAUCAGACACCGUAUACCCAAGGAACCCUGCCAUGUGUAGUGAAGAAGCUAGAUUAAAGUCAUUUCAGAACUGGCCAAACUAUGCCCACUUAACCCCAAGAGAGUUAGCUCGUGCUGGACUCUACUACACAGGUGUUGACGAUCAAGUACAGUGCUUUUGUUGUGGUGGGAAGUUGAAAAAUUGGGAACCUUGUGAUCGUGCAUGGUCAGAACACAGGCGACAUUUUCCUAAUUGCUUCUUUGUUUUGGGCCGGAAUAUGAAUAUGCAAAGUGAAUCCGAUAUCAUGAGUUCUGAUAGGAAUUUCCCAAAUUCAACAAAUGCUCCAAGAAAUCCAGCCAUGGCAGAUUACGAAGCACGGAUCAUUACAUUUGGGACGUGGAUGUACUCAAUUAACAAGGAGCAGCUUGCAAGAGCUGGAUUUUAUGCUUUAGAUGAAGGUGAUAAAGUAAAGUGUUUUCACUGUGGAGGAGGGCUAACUGAUUGGAAACCCACUGAAGACCCUUGGGAACAACAUGCUAAGUGGUUUCCAGGCUGUAAAUAUCUGUUAGAAGAGAAGGGACAAGAAUAUGUAAACAAUAUUCAUUUAACCCAUUCAAUUGAGGAGUCUCUGGCGGGAACUGCUGAAAAUGCACCAUUGUUAACUAAAAGAAUUGAUGAUACAAUAUUCCAAAAUCCUAUGGUACAAGAAGCUAUACGAAUGGGAUUCAGUUUCAAGGACAUUAAGAAAACAAUGGAGGGGAAAAUUCAGACAUCUGGGAGCAACUAUAAAUCACUUGAGGUUCUGGUUGCAGAUCUAGUGAAUGCUCAGAAAGACAAUACACAAGAUGAAUCAAGUCAGACUUCAUUACAGAAAGACAUUAGUACUGAAGAGCAGCUAAGGCUCCUGCAAGAGGAGAAGGUUUGCAAAAUCUGUAUGGAUAGAAAUAUUGCUGUCGUCUUUAUUCCUUGUGGACAUCUGGUCACUUGUAAACAGUGUGCUGAAGCACUUGACAAGUGUCCCAUGUGCUACACAGUCAUUACUUUCAAGCAAAAAAUUUUCAUGUCAUAAUCUAACUACAGUAGGCGUCUUAUGUUCUUAUUACCCUGAUUGAAUGUGUGAUGUGAACCAACUUGAAGAAAUCAGCAUUGAAUUCCAUUAGCAUUUGCUGCAAAGUAGGAAGAAAAUGUAAACUGCGAUGUUAUAGUUGGCAGUCUAAAAUUUGAAUUUCUGGAUUUUUCAGGAUGUUAACUGUAUUAGCUGUUCUAUUUUUUUCCCACUGUUAUUUAAUUGAAACCCUAGACUAAGAAGCAUCAUAUUGUAACUGAUCACAAUGUGUGUUUUAUAGUACACUUAGUUUUCUAAAUGUAAGUGAAUUAAUCAAUUGAAUUUUUCAUUCAUUUUGGAUAGGCUUAACAAAUAGAGCAUUCUGUAUGAAUGUGGAGAUUAGAGUUAAUCUCCCCAAUCACAUAAUUUGUUUUGUGUGAAAAAGGAAUGAACUGUUCCACACUGGUGGAAAGAUGGAGAUGAUUUUUAGAUGUUUGUGUUUUAGGAUUUUGUCUAUUUUCUUUUAAAUUAUAUGCAUGUACUUGGGUGGAUGAUUUUUUUUAAUGAUUUUGCCAUUGUUAAAAGGGUAUUUAAUGAUUGAAUACCAUUUAGCCUACAUGUACUGACAUAAAAAGACAUCAGAGGUAUAUCAAGUGGCAAAACACUAUGUGUAGAAUGAGCCAAGUGAAGGUGUGUGUAUUUUAUAUACGUAUAGAACAGAAGAUUGGAAAGAUAGGCACCAAACUGUUAAAUGUGGUUUCUCUUGAAAGGGGGUGGGGGGAUGGGUCCCAGAGGGGCUUUAUAAGGGCCUUUCACUUUCUACUUUUUUCAUUUUGUUCUGUUUGAAUUUUUUAUAAGUAUUAUUACUUUUGUAAUCAAAAUUUUUAGAAAGUAUUUUACUGAUUUAAAGGCUUAGGCAUGUUCAAACGCCUGCAAAACUACUUACUGCUCAGCUUUAGUUUUCCUAAUCCAAGAAGGCAGGGCAGUUAACCUUUUUGGUGCCAAUGUGAAAUUUAAAUGUUUAUAUGUUUUUCCUGCUUUGUGGAUGAAAAAUAUUUCUGAGUGGUAGUUUUCUGACAGGUAGACCAUGUCUUCUCUUGUUUCAAAAUAAAUAUUCCUGAUUUUGUAAAAUGAAAUAUAAAAUAUGUCUCAGAUCUUCCAAUUAAUUAGUAAGGAUUCAUCUUUAAUCCUUGCUAGUUUAAGCCUGCCUAAGUCACUUUACUAAAAGAUCUUUGUUAACCCAGUAUUUUAAACAUCUGUCAGCUUAUGUAGGUAAAAGUAGAAGCAUGUUUGUACACUGCUCGUAGUUAUAGUAACAGCUUUCCAUGUUGAGAUUCUCAUAUCUUGUAUCUUAAAGUUUCAUGUGAAUUUUUACCGUUAGGAUGCUUAAGAUGUAUAUAGGAUAAAAUGUCAAGUCUUCACCUAAGUUUUUUGUUUUCUUGUCUAGUAAUAGUAGCAGAUACUUCUGGAAUGUUCUCCCAAGAUCCUUAAAAACUUCUUGGAAACUAUAAAAUACUGACAAGAAAAGAAGAAUAGUUUUUUUUUACUAUUAAAGAGAAAAUAAAGCUUGAGUAAGAAUCAAUAUAGGUUAAAAAGAUAAAAGUUUAAAAACGCCUCAUAGGCUCCGAGGUGACUGCCUGCGCCUCCUGCCCAAGGGCCCGCCUCGGCCAGCUCCAACAGCAGUGAUGUUACACCUCAGUGUAGUCAAGACAGGGCGUAAAUUAUUGUUUGCAUUAAGAAGAAUCAUGUUCCCUGUGUACAUUAAAAAAAAAAAGUCUGAAUUGUAUGGGAAUAAAACUUGUUUGAAAAUUUGGAAAAAAAAAUAAAAUAAAAUAAAAACGCCUCAUAGAACACCCAGGCAAAGAUCCUCACAACAACCUGUUGUAGAGGUGAGUGAGGCAUUUUACUGUAGAGAAAAGUUUGAGAGUAAAACUGUCAGUAGUUAUAUUUUUUUGUAUUUUCUAAGAGAAAGAGUAUUGUUACGUUCUCUUAACCUCUGUUAAUUACUACUUUGAUAUUCAUUUAAAGCAUUACAAAUUUAAAUGAGAAUUUUUAAAGUCAAAUAAUGACCGUCCUGUUUUUGUUUUACUAUGUAAAUCCUCAGUUCUUUACUUUUGGACUUUCUUCCACUUAGAUUUAGUUAUAUAUUCAUUAAAAGUUAAACUUUAUAUGUAUAAUCUAAGCUUUAAAUUUAAACAAAUUACAAGGGGAGAAAAGUGUUAAAGGUUUAAAAAUGUGUUUUCCAGGACACGUCAGCUCCAAGUCAGGUAGUUGGUUCAAUCUAGUUGUUGUCCAGGGACUGAAUUGUUUUAACAUAAGGUUUUCCAGUUCUGGGAGUCUCAGUUCUUUAAAACUCUUAAAACUUGUAUGUUUAGACUUAAGCAAGACCUUUUUUCUCCCCAUGAGCUGUGAAAUUUAAUGCAUGAAGCUGAUGUGGCUAACAAGUUUAUUUUAAGAAUUGUUUAGAAAUGCUGUUGCUUCAGGUUCUUAAAUCACUCAGCGCUCCAACUUCUAAUCAAAUUUUUAAAGACUUACCAAUGUUUGCCUGUGUUUGCACUAUGAAAAGGACUGGAUCCUUCCCAUCUCUUUGUACAAAGAAUGAUCACUUGCAAGGUCAAAAAUACAGCCAGAAAAAAAAAAAUACAGCCAGAUCCAAAUCUCAGCCUCCCCCUUCCCCAAAUAGUUCUCAGUAUCUCCAUGUAGACUUCCUUUUCUGUAUAAAGUUCACUCUAAGAUUUCAAAGGCACCGCCUAUUUUACUACAUUUUAGUCAUGUGAAGUCAAGUUUUAUAAUAAAUAGUUGUCUUUAUUCAUAAUAAUCUGGUGUGUUGAUCAAAAGCCUUGUCUUAAUUUUUGAGAAAUGAGUUUAGUGUUUAUAAAUUCCAGUUUAUUAAGUAAUGGCUUUGUAUUACCUUUCCUCCUAGAUUUUCGUUUAUUUUCCCUUGGGUUAGGGGCUAAGAUGGAGUAGGGUGGGUGUAGUGAAUGUAUGUGAUGUGAUUUGGCCCUGUGUAUUACAAUCUUUUGUUGUUUUAUCACUUAAAUGUUGGUAGUUUUCUUCCUGGUUUUCAUUUUAGUGGAUAAAAUUGGUAUUUUGAAUGGAGACUACCACCACAGCAUUAGUUCCACAUAUUGUACCCUUUAGACUGAAAUCAUUGUUUUAUUUCCUGAUUACCCAGUUGGUUGAAUAUGGGGGAAAGGGGUGGAGGGAUUGGAGAAAUAGGAUAGGUUGUAUAUUGUUUCCAUUAGAGAAAGAAGAAAAUGGGAUGGAAUAUUUGACAGAUAUGGUUUUUAGCCACAUCUGGUUUAGAAAAGAGGAAAAGAGGUAACCAUUUCUUCAUCUGUGAAUUGCAAAUAGUACCUGUCUUACAAAAUUAUAAGGGUUGAAGGAGACCGUAUGUGUAAAAUACUUGUUAUAAAUGUUAAUUCCCUUCCUGACACUUUUUUACCUUCCAUGGAUUUGCCUUGACUCUGGAAAUUAGGGCUAAAACUUAGAUAAUAACUCUUUCACUGACUCUUAAUUCAUCUUUCUCAUUGUUUGUCAUAGUUAAGAUGCAAAUUACAGUACACAAGUAGGUCAAAUCCUUAAAAAUAUUUAAAUUCCUUUUUUAAAAACUUGAAAAAAUAUUACCAAAUUUAGUUGAGCUUUUCUAAUAGAAACAAUUGGCUUAGUCCCACUUUUAUAAUCAGUUUCAGUUUCACUUAGCACAGUGUGCAUUUCACUUGCAGCAUAACAGAAUCAUAGGAUGUCAGCUAGAAGUGACCUUAGAGAGUAUCUAAUUCAUCCCCCCCUUUUUUUUCUCUUCUCUUCUUUUUUUGGCAUUUAUUUAUAUUAGUUGGAGGCUAAUUACUUUACAAUAUUGUAGUGGUUUUUGCCAUACAAAGAUGAACCAUCUGAGGCUCAAAGGUGAAAUGAUUUGUUCAAAGCUACAUAGCUAAUUAGUGAUAGCCCAGACCGGGACAUAUUUUGACGGUGAAAAACUUCAAGCUACUUCUCUAGGGAGGUCUCAAAUUUUUUCAACUAUUCUUUGUUCUAUACCAUAACAUUCACUACAUAUUAAAUGACACUUUAUAACUAAUACAGUAGGACAAUCUUAAAUACAUAUGGUUUCAAAUUGUACAAUACUGCAUUAAUGUUUUGGUGGUAAGAUUCUAUUUUGAAGUCUAAAGUUUGUAGAAAUGCGUAUAGAUUUUUUUUCAUUUACUACAUUCUUCUUGUGUAUCAUUAAUUGUGUAUCAUUGUGUUUGUGUAUCAUUUAAAAUUACUAUGUAAGUAUAUUUUGUCAUUCUGUCUAUGCUUAGCAACAAAUUUGCACUUUUUAUUUGAUGUAGCAAAGGCAUUAAUGUAAUUUUUGUUAGAAGAUUUUGCAUUACCUUUAUACUUUAUAUCUAACCUGACAGAGUGACUGAUUCUUAUGUCAUUGUAAUACUGUUGUGAAUAAUCACGUGAAAUGUGUGAGAUAGAGUACUAUAUUUGUGGAUAUAAUUUUAUGGCUGUUUUCAUUUAGUAGAAACCUUUCCAUCAGUAUGGAAAACUAAGAAAAUUGCUUUAUACUGUAUAAUCUGGCAGUCAUCAUAGAUUAAAGCUUAUUUUUCUGUGAAUAAAAACUUAUCCAAUAAAGCACUAUUCUUUAAGAUGA